AUGGGGAGCUUUGUGCCGACUUCUGAGACCGUUGUGCCCACCUUCAAGACUCCAUGGAUUGAGACACCGCUGGUGGAGUCCGCGGCACUCUCUCGUGCAGCUGGCUGUCGCAUCUUUCUGAAGCUCGAGAAUGUCCAGCCCAGUGGCUCCUUCAAGUCCCGUGCCAUGGGUAAUCAGAUCCUUUCCCACCUCCGCAAACCCGAAAAUGCCAACCGACGUGUCCAUUUCUACGCCUCAUCCGGGGGAAAUGCCGGUCUCGCUGCCGUGUGUGCGGCCCGUAGUUUGGGGUAUCCUUGCACCGUGGUUGUGCCUCUUUCGACCAAGCCUUUGAUGAUUGAGAAGCUCAAGGCCGCCGGUGCCGCAGAUGUGAUUCGCCAUGGCGAGACGUUCUUCGAGGCCGGCUCAUAUAUGAAGGAGGUCAUCAUGCAGAACAGCUCUGGGGAUGAGGAGAAUUUGGCCAAGAUCGCGCUUCAUCCAUUCGACAAUGAGCCUAUUUGGGAGGGGAACAGCACCAUCAUCGACGAGCUUGAAAAGCAAUUGCCCGCUCCCUCCGGCUCCGAGGAGGAAGACCGAUACCGCGGAAAAGCGCUGCCUCUGGAUGCUGUUCUCUGCAGCGUUGGUGGUGGUGGCCUUCUCAAUGGCCUCGUCAUGGGCCUCGAGAAGCGCCGGACCCAGAAACAGACUGUGCAGAGCGGGUCUUCCACUACUGGCCAUGCAUACAUGGACAUCACGGCUCCUGAAACUACUCCUCCUCGCGCCAUACCCACUGCGCCUAGCCCCAUCCACCUUCUCGCUAUUGAAACCGACGGCACAGACUCGCUUGCUGCAGCCAUUGCACACAAUGCCCUUGUCUCUCUCCCCAAAAUCACCUCGCAAGCAACAUCUCUUGGGGCUAUUCGUGUAUCAGAAACCACCUUCCAAUACGCCGUCUCUCCCCCACCGGGCAUCAAAGUUCACAGUGCAGUCAUUACCGACGCCGAGGCUGCACGAGGUGUUCUUCGCCUCGCAGAUGAUGAACGCCUUCUCGUGGAGCUGGCUUGCGGUGUCUGCGUCGAAGCUGCUAUCGGUGAUACUGCGGUUGCUGCUGCCGAGGCGGCUGCCUCUGCUAGAGCCGUCGCUGUCAGCCAGGGUGCGAAGAAGCGGAAGCUUGCGCCGACCGAGGUCAGCUCUGAUCGGGAUGAAGGAUAUGGAGAUGACCGGUCGAUCUCGACGGGCAAUGAGACCGAUCCUGAAAUGGAGCCCGAGGUUGACACUUCUACCAAGGCGUCUUCCCCCGUUCUUAACUCCAAGCUCAAGCAGUUGGUGCCGGACCUCAACGAGCAGAGUCGAGUGGUCAUCGUUGUCUGCGGUGGAAGUAACGUGACGAUCGACAUGGCCAGUGAAUACAGAAGGCUCUUGUCGGAGGGGUGGGUAUGA